CAAAAAAUAAAAUAAGCGGACAAAAAGUGGAAACACAAUUCUCCUUCUUCUUGUUCUGUGGGUUAGCUGAGCUCGGCACACACAGGAAAGAUUGCAAAGAAAAAAAAUGGCGUUGCAGGCUGGGAUGUCCUCCUCCAAGGUUCUCGUCCUCGUUGGAGCAGGUUUGACGGGUUCGAUUAUAUUGAGGAGUGGGCGAUUAUCUGAUCUAAUCGUGCAGCUACAGGAAAUACUCGCUACUGUAAAUGAAGCUGAGAUAUCUCCCAAGUACGAUAGUGAGAUUAUUGCAGCUCAGAUUCGGCAAUUGGCACAAGAGAUCAGAGAGUUAACAUUAACUCGUCCUGUAAAUAUCUUCAAUGGGAAUUCAUCAUCUAGUGGGAGUUAUGCGUCUUACAUAAUGCCAGCUGCCGCAAUUGGUGCAGUAGGAUAUUGUUACAUGUGGAUGAAGGGCUGGUCAUUUUCUGAUGUAAUGUUUGUGACAAAGCAUAAUAUGGCAAAUGCUGUUGCAACUGUGUCAAAACAAUUAGAAGAUGCAUAUGAAGCUGUAGCUGCUACAAGAAGGCAUCUAACUAAGAGGAUUGAAAGCUUGAAUGGGAAGCUGGAGGAGGAAAAAGAAACAACUCAGCUAAUUUCAAAUGAUGUGAAUAAAGUGAUGUCAAAUGUUUCUCAAAUUGGGGUUGAUGUUGAAAUAAUUCGUCAAAUAAUGUCAGAGAUGGAAGGGAGACUCGAGAUUUUUGAGACCAAACAGGAUGUGACUAACUUAGGUCUGUGGCAUCUAUGCCAAGCAGCUGAAGGUUUCCAAGAUAGAGUGGAUGUUAAACCUAUACAGGAUGUGUGUGCAAAGCCAGCCAAGAAUUCUGCAAUAAAAUUUGAGGAGAAAUCACUCAAGGGCCUUCAAUUUCUUACUGAAGGUAAGGAGCCAAAUACCGUCAAGAAAUUGACGAAAAGCAUGGAUAAAGAUAAUGCACUCAACAACUUCCUUGGGGAAAAGGUACCACUAAAGAAAACAAGUAUACAUAGAUCAUAUCCUGUUGGUAUUUCUUUGACGAGAGACUUUUUAGGCUCUGUUCUGUGAAAAUUAUGCCAUCUUUGGUUUAUGAUUCUACAAAAAAAGGAGCCCUCUUCCUACCUGAUUUUGAGAACUUGGGUUGUUUUGUUAAUGGGAAAGAAGUCCCCAACUAUUGGAGAAAUUUGUGUAGUUCCUCUGACAUGUUCAUGUUAAAAAGUAUUCAUUGUUUUCAUUAUUCUUCUCCCUGUACUCGGGAAAAUACAGCAAAUGCAAUAAAUAUUUUUGCCAAGGAGUGAGGGAUUUGAACGUUAAACCUCAACAUUAAGGUUGGGGAUGCAAGGGGCUACGUUGUCAAUGACUUAAAUGUUAUACGUUUGCAGAAUAAAGCACGUUCACAUGGAAUGCCAUUGAUGAUAAUGUAUUUUUAAGUAAAUAUAUUGUAAAAACUGGAACUCCCCUGCAUUUUUUAUUAUUAUUAUACUUUUAUUUUUAGUCA